AUGAAGGACGCCUCAGAUAGUGGUGUUCCGGCACCUCUACUGACAGCCGUGAACGUCGAGUCUCACGUCCAUCUGAUCAUCGGGGCCAACCCUCUUGCAGCAGCCCGUUGUGCAAAAAGCACUGAAGCUGGCGCAAAGCCGAUUCUCAUCUCCCCGGACACAGAGGGCCUGCAGUACACGUUGGUCGAACGGAUUGAGAACGGCUCUGUGAAGUGGAUCCGCAGAGAGUUCCAAGAUGAGGAUCUUACGAGCCUAGGAAGAGAGGAAGUCGACCACGUUGUAGACACGGUCUUCGUCACGCUAGGCGGAAACAACUCACUGAGUGCACACAUCUCCAAGCUCUGCCGUCGUCUGAGAAUCCCAGUCAAUGUGUCAGAUGCUCCGGAACUCUGCACCUUCAGCUUGCUGUCUACGUAUUCGGACGGCCCUCUUCAUAUCGGCAUCACGACAUCAGGACGCGGCUGUAAGCUGGCAUCGCGACUUCGGAGAGAAAUAUCCUCGGGUCUUCCAUCAAAUCUCGGAAGUGCCAUUGACAGGCUUGGUGCAGUGAGAAAGCGCCUUUGGGCCGAGGAUUAUGCUGCUGGACUAUGUGAUGCACCGCUAGAGGGUGACGAGGAUGAUGCAACUGGCCAACGGCAUACAUUCAACACGUUGGUAACAGAAGACGACAUCUCUGCAGCCAAAACCCGCCGCAUGCGCUGGCUGUCCCAAAUCUGUGAAUAUUGGCCCCUUCGCAAACUGGCUGCUAUCACGGAUGAAGACAUCAACGCCAUCCUCGAGGCUUACUCGUCUAGCAAGGAUGGACUCAAAGAUAUCAACAGCCCAGAACCUUUGUCAAAGAAGGGCAAGAUUGUUCUUGCCGGUUCUGGCCCAGGACACCCCGAUCUACUCACACGCGCAACAUACAACGCCAUCCAGGCUGCCGACAUCAUCCUGGCCGAUAAACUCGUCCCAGCACCUGUUCUAGAACUCAUCCCCCGCAGGACAGAGGUCCACAUCGCGCGAAAGUUCCCAGGCAACGCAGACCAGGCCCAGGAGGAAUUCUUGAAGAUGGGCCUAGACUCCCUGCAUCGAGGAAGAUACGUCCUCCGACUGAAGCAGGGCGACCCCUAUCUCUACGGCCGCGGAGGCGAAGAAUUUGAAUUUUUCCGAGGCGAAGGCUACAAACCCGUAGUCCUCCCCGGUAUCACCAGUGCACUGAGCGCGCCCCUCUUCGCAGACAUUCCAGCUACGCACCGAGGCGUGUCCGACCAAGUCCUGGUUUGCACAGGCACAGGCCGCAAAGGCGCAGCCCCAGAGCCUCCUACUUACGUUCCUACACAAACCGUUGUCUUCCUAAUGGCCCUGCACCGUCUGUCCGCGCUCAUAGAAUCCUUGACUACGCAGCCAGCAGAGGGUACCCGUCCACGGACCCCAUGGCCCAAAGACACUCCUUGCGCAAUCAUUGAGAGAGCCUCCUGCACAGACCAACGCGUCAUCCGGUCUACUCUGGAGCACGUAAGUGCUGCCUUUGAAGCCGAGGGCUCGAGACCUCCUGGCCUGUUGGUUGUCGGCGCGAGUUGCCAUGUUCUACAUCCCGCUCAGGGACAGAAAUGGGCCGUGGAAGAAGGAUUCCGUGGAUUGGAUGAGUUGCUUACGGAGGUUACGGCUUGCCAGAAUGAAUGA